CGUCUGGAUCCAGAUAUGAUGGAGAUACAGCCAGAACAUUUCAACGACAGCGUGGGAGACUCAGCAGAACAAAACACCAUGUCUACUUCAGAGUGGGACUGUUCACAUCAGUUUGUUACUGAGGUGAUGCAGGCAUUCUUCAGGUGGCAGGCAGAGGAAGAGGCUAAAAUCAAUUUGGCCGGAGGUACACCCUCAGUGGCUGGCUCCUACAGGGAGACACUGAGGGAUAAUGUGAUGAAGUUUUUUGACCCUCAGCGGUGCUGUACAGAGCAGCAGGGGGAGACAUUUGUCCUCUCUAAAGAACAGGCCAUAGUCUUCUUAGAGAUUUUUGAAAGGGCUUAUGAUGAUACUGAAGCCCUGAUGCAGUCUGUCCAAAGGUGGGAGGCUGAGGAGGCUGUGGAAUGCGCUCAGUUGGAGGUUGAGGAGGCUGAGUGCUCAGCGGUUUGUCCCACCCAACAAAAGGUGGAGGCAGAGCUGAGAGUCUUUUUUGACCUCCGGCGAGAGUUUGCUGAGGAUAGAGGAGAGACAGAUGUUAUACCUGCACCUGUCAGUACACAGAUGUCUGACAGAAAAGAUGAGAAAUCUGCAGGCAGACGUGGCAGACACAUCCUUAAAAGGAUGAAGCCUGCAUUCAAGCGCUGCUGGGAACGCUGUUUUGGAGCAAGACCCAGGAAUAGGAUCCACUCCAGUAGGACGAAGGCUGCUGUGACAGCAGACCUGACCUCUGAUCCUCUGGAGUUUGUUGAGGAUUUGGGACAGGACUUGGCUUCACCUGACAGCGUGUCACCCACUGCCCCAGUUGCCUCCAGUAAGGACCUCUUUGUUGAAGAUUGGGGUCAAGACUUAGACUCAUCUGCCUGCGUGUCACACAAGGUGGUGUCUCCCACUGCCUCAGUCGCCUCCAGUGAGGACAUCAGGUCUGCUGACAGCGCAGACCUGACCGCUGUCCCUCAGGAAAGCAUGGCUAUGGAAGGCAUGGAGACACCAACAGAGAGCAGCCUUCUAGCAGACAUAGACGCAACUCCAGGACCAUCAGGAGCGGAAAAUGUCACUGAAGCUGCCCAGGAAGUAAUGGGCGAUGAGGUCAUUGACAUCAGAGACCCUUUUCUGGAGGAUAUCCCCGACUUGGAGUGUGACCUGAUGUUAACUGUCACCUCCCUGGAGAGUGAAAGGGACAUCAGUGAGUCCAAUGCUCCUGCAGUCUGGGCAUGGAAAAGGGAACAGGCUCACAGAGACAGUGAGUCAGUGUCACAAACACCUGCACUCGUAGUGUCUGAGGAGACAGCUGCUGAACAGGAUUCAUCACAGCAGACAAACAUCAACAAAUUGUCUGUCAGGGUCCUUGUACAGAAGCUGGUUACAAGGACCUUUAGGAAAGCAAGGACAGACACCAACCCACGUCUCAUAGCUGACCGCCUGUUUGAAAACAUAUGGGCUGAAAUUGAGGGAGAAGAUUUUGAAAUUCUCCCAAAAACAUUCAAAAGUCUUGACAAGAAUGUUUUUAAGGACCUUUGCCAACACUGGGGCAGUGCACAGAUAGUGCUGGUUUCAAUGAAUCAGGAUGAACCCAGGGUGGACAACUACAUCGCCUCUACUUUUAAACGACACCUGAUGACACCAGCAAAGAGGCCCAAUGUCAUCUCCAGGUUCUUCUCCAGGGUGGGCAAAGUGAUCUCACAGCCCUUCACUGCACGCCAUAGACAGGUCAGUGACAUUUAGGUGA